AUGGGCAGAGCAGAGACAAAUAAAAAUGUUGCGUCGAUUGCAGUGUGCAAACAAUGGCAAUGUUGGGUCGAACUGUUGAGCGCCCUUAUUGUUUCAUUUGAGCGCCCCCGAAAGACGGACACGCCCCUACAAAUGGAGGAUAGGUUUGAUCACGGGGAUGGAGUCGAUUAUAGUCCGGCUUUUGCUACAAACGAGACUUUUGCCACGAAUAAGGAAGCUGUUGCAUAUAUGAAGGGUAUUGCGAAUAUCUACAACAUGGAGUUAAGUGUAUCCUCGCACAAGGAUAAUAGUACUAUACUCCUUUGUCAUAAAGGAGGCCGGUACCAAGAUAAACAGGUGGAUGAAAACGUGCGCGCCCGGCUCAAUACAAAGAUACAGAUGACCGGAUGCCUGUUUCGCGUUACUAUUUACAAGAUAUAUGAUAGGUGGGCGAUCCGUGUAUAUCCAGGUCCGUGGGGAAUGGAGAACCAUUCAUUGAAAGAUCCACCUCGAGUCAGCAGGCCAUUGAGUGCAGAAGUGAAAGAGCUUAUUAAGAAGUACUCUAAAGCUGGGACUAAGACAGUCCACAUUUUAAGGGCGAUAUGGACACAAUUUCCUGAUGAAAAGGUUACCUCCAAACAAGUCUACAACUACAGAAAUCAAUUGCGUAAGGAGGGGUUUCCAAUUCUAGAUGACCUGGCUGCCAUGGACGUCGUGGGAAAGGUGUUAGAGGUCGCAGAACAACACAAAUACAUCAUCUUCACGGAGUGCGAUGAAGAGACACAGAGGGAUGUUGAAAAAAAUGUGAAAAGAAUUUUGAACGGAAAUGCGAACAUAGCAAAAAGUUUCGCGUACAAGACCUUUAAAACAGUGAUCGAAGCUGCAAAUCGGGAAGAUUACGAAGAAAAAGUACAGUUUCUGGAGCAUAAUUGGUCCCAAUUUCAGCCCGUUCUAGAGUAUGUCAGGAAGAUAUGGUUAGUGGUGGCGGACAAGUUUGUGCAUGCAUGGACCAACACUUAUUUGCAUCUUGGCAACACCACUACUUAUAAAGUGGAGAGCACACACAAGUUGUUAAAGGAAUGGCUCGGCAAUGCAAAUGCUUCUUUUGAAACGGUCUGGCACAGGGUUCACAUGUUACAGGAGACACAGCUUACGCAAAUAAGGGAGAAACUACAAGAAUCAAGGCAGAAAAUAGGGAGGCAACACAACAAGUACCCUUUCUACCAAUUAAGAUGCAAUGUUUCACACUACUGCUUGGAUCUAUUGAACAAUGAGUUGGAAAGGGCACAGCAACUCGGAGAUGAUGUGUAUUGGGAAUGCAAUCAUUACCUGAAGCAAACUCAUUCCAUCCCUUGUGCAUGUAUACUUAAGCGUGUAAUGGAGGCUAACGAGAUUUUGACUCCAAAAUACUUACACCAAUUUUGGAGCACACUUGACAUCGGUGAGGUUACAGAGAAGGAUAGUUCGGAUGAUGUUCCCCCUCACAGAUUGUUGUUCAGGCAGUUAGUGGAAGAAAUGGACACUGCUGAGGAGCCAAUACAGCGCGAGAUCACCAGAUUGAUGUACAACAAACUUUACCUGCGCCAAGCCGGAUGGAAUGAACCGCGGGUUGGAAAGAGAGGCAAGGGCAUGCCGAAGAAAAGAGGCAUCUCAAAAAGAAAGCAAGACAAACCAAAUGUGUGGGCAUACAGGGACGGCAGUCAGGGUGGCACCAAUACCAGCGAUUCCAUUAAAGCAGGUACGAGCCAAGGUACCUCGGGUCAAGGUGGGACGAACACCCGCAGUUCCAGUAGAGGCCAUACGUCGGGAGCUGAAGAUCAGAGCAGAGGUCCGAUAUUACUUUAUCUUUUUAAAUGUGUGAAAUAUUAUUUUCAUUUAAUUAAAGCACUUUUGUUUCAUGACGUGCGAGAGCAGGUACAUGGACUGGGCAAGGUGGGACGAACACCAGCAAUUCCAGUAGAGGCCACACGUCGGGUUCUGAACCCAAUGGCGGAGGUACGAUUAUAA